UAGACUACUACAAUAACGAAGCAGGGUCGAACUCCUAGAGGUGUCGACUGUUUGGGACUUUACAUUUACUCGAAUUUUGAAAUUACAUAAAUUGCACCUACUGCAGCAAAGAGGAAGAUGCAAGGAGGAAGAAUUCAUGAAAAAGGUGCAAGAAAUAAUGGAGGAAGAGGAGAAGUUGCGGAUACCAGUUGCUCAAGGUCUUCCAUGGACAACAGAUCAACCAGAGUUUUUGGUGAAGCCAUUAGUCAAAGAUAAUACAAGGCCUGUUGAUCUCAUGCUACACAGCGACAUUAGAGCUGUUGAACGUGCUGAGUUUGAUCAUCAGGUGGCCGAUAAGAUGAGCCUUAUUGAACAAUUCAAGAUGGAAAGAGAGAGACAGCGAAAGUUGGCUGAAGAAGAAGAAAUUAGGAGGCUGAGGAAGGAACUCGUUCCUAAAGCUCAACCGAUGCCAUAUUUUGACAGGCCAUUCUUCCCUAGAAGGUCGGUGAAGCAUCUAACUAACAAGUCUAUGGAGCCAAAGGCGAAUGCAUAAAGGCGAGAAGAUCAAGAGUUGGAUGUUUCAAAUAACUUGUUUGUAUAAACACAGCUGCAGUGAACAAUGGGCAUUGUGAAGUUGAGAUUUUAGUUUGUUUAACGACGAUUAAUGACACAAUUUGUUACAAAUCUAUAAAUAUGUCAAAAUUAAUUUUGAAAAACAGUGCAUUUUCUCAAAUUUUUUAAA